UCAUAAUACAGUGUAGGAUUAGUUCGCAGAUGCCCUACUUACUGGUUACUUCCUAUUUGUGUAGCAAUAAUUAAGAAACCCAAUACAGACAGGAUCAUAAGAUCAUAGAAUUAGGAAACUUUAAAUUUUAUAUAAGAAGAUCGACCUCCCUCCCUCCUGUCUUCCAUCCCAUAUUCAUCUGCGUUAUUCCAUCAUCUCCUGAAUCACUUUAAGUCUUAAUUAGCUUCUUCCCUUCCUUAGCUUCUUCGGAAAACACAAAGACACAUAUGGCUAUGAGUCUGAACUGUGGGUUGAUCAGUUCUUUAGAGAAGGAACUAGACGAGUGGCGGAACAGAUUACAGGACUCUUUCUCUCCGGAACACAUUUUGGUAUUUGACAAAUUUCCAGAAAACAACAACAUCGAAUGGAAUGAGUUUGUCGGAGGACCCUAUAGUUGCCGUUCACGUUAUAAUUGUAAUAAUAUUGCAAGGAACAACAACUACGAAUGCGAGUGCUUCUCAAGAGUGAAUGGUUCAAAGGACGUGUUUGUACGCAUGGCUAAAACGCGUGAAGGGUCCGUUGAACUUCAAAAUCUGAUAAAGAAUGGGAAUCCAAGAGACAGACAAGAAGUUCUUGAUGGGGUUAUUAGGUGCAUAUUUGAGGUGAUGAUAGAUCCACAUGGCCACCAUCUCUUCCGAAGAAUUCUUGAGUUUUGUGAUUCUAGUCAGUUGGACACCAUCUUUGUCACCCUGAUAUCUUCCCAGGAGUUGCUUAUCAACACGUCUCUUUUGCAAUACGGGUCAAGUGCGGUUCAAAGAUUUAUCAAGAGACUUAAAAACACUGGGUUGGGGCAAUUCGUUGCAAUCAUCCUUUCGAUGAGAUUUGUCGAGUUGAUGACUAGCGAGCAUGGUAGAUUUGUAGUUCAAGAGUGCUUUUACACUUUCCAGGCUAAAGAAAACGAGGUUUUAUUCACUUGUGCAAUCACUUACUUGAAAGAGGUGGCAACAACACAAUACGGAUGUUCAUCGUUGAAUGUUUGCUUGAAUUGUAUUAGUGGUGUCCAAAGACAACUAUUGCUCAAAAGUAUUGCAGAAAAAUCUGAUUUCUUAGCCAGUGAUCCGUAUGGGAAUUAUGUUGUCCAGGAAGUUCUAAUGCUUAGAAACGAUGAGAUCACACAAAAAAUAUGUGACCACCUCAAGAGGGAUUACCUACGCUUAGCUUUUAAAAGAAGUGGAAGUCGCGUUGUCGAAAAAUGCAUACAAGCUUCAGAGUAUGGACUGGGUUCGGUAGUUGAGAGCCUUCUCAGCAGUGAAAAGAGCUUAGUGCUACUUACCCGUGAUCGAUUUGGAAAUUAUGUUAUCCAAACAGCUCUUCAGUCCGCAAAGACAAGUAAUAUCAAGCAUUAUGAAUCUCUUGUCACUGUCCUUAGGGCGCAACGCUCGGCUCUUUCUCAUACCAAACUUGGGAAGCAUAUAUUGAAUCGCAUAGAAGAUUUGUAGAACAAUGUGGAAAAUGACUGAUCUGAUUUAUUUAAUCAGUUCGUACUUAUUGAAAUACAA